CGCUGACCGGGCGCGAUCUCCAUUCCAAUUGUGAAAUUUUCUAAAUCUAAAAUAAAAAUAAUACACAUUUUUUUCUUGCGAUUUUCCGUUUGAAUUCGCUUACUCGCUUGAUCGUUUUGCGGCCCAUUAAACCAAACUAGUCCGUAAGCCAUUUAAUUCCGUCGUAAAGUUUUUACCAUGGCCGCGAACGCUUCAAAUCGACAGCCGGAGCCGAAAUUUCCGGCAGUAAUGCCGCGAGUUACGGGAACGGUGAACACCAAUCCGGCAGUGCCCAAAUCGCCGGACGGUCUUACAGCUUUGGUGGCCAGGAAGAGCAUUACGUCCAUGUCGGAUGAGGAGAUCAUCCAAGAAAACCUCAACGAGAUCCUUGACCUCAAGUCGCGAGAGGAACGAAAAGCCAAUGGACGCUUAGUAGCUGUCAUCGUCUGUUUUCUGGUACUUUUCCUGGCCGUUUAUCAUGCCUGUGUCCGGAAAUCGGAGAACUCGCUGGCUGGCGUCCUAGUUCCGGCUGGCAUUAUGCUGUCAUACGGCGCCUGGGUGGUCGUCCUGGCCAAAAGGGACAGGCACAGGCGAGCCAUGUUUGAGCGGCACAUCGAGGAAGUGACACUGAAAAAUAAGAUCGAGUUGGAGGAGAAGCAUGCUCGGCACGCGAAGCAUUCGCACUCUCAUCAUGGACAAUCUGGAACAGAUUCCACGGGCAGUGCCUCUAGUGCAUUGCACUAUGUAAACGAAUUGCUACCAAAUGGCGAGCAUCGCAAAAAGCAGAGACGCCAUCGUCACAAGGAACGAUCUGGGGAUCGUGAGGAUGGUCAUCAUCAACAUGCCUCAGAAAUCGGAGUGCAUCGUGGUGCACCCAAAAGGCCAAGUUUUAGGCAGAAGCUCUUUGGCCAGACAAUCGCUCAUGUAAAGUUGGUGGAGGCACAGAGUGAUAGCACGGAUUCGGCUGGUGGACCGGGGCCCGGUUCAAAGUCGGGACGAAGUACGGGCUUAAGUCCGAGCAACGCCAAUGCCAAUACGAAUCCCGGUGAGAAACGACAGCGGUUGCAGCGUCUGGACACCCUGCCCCUGCCGCAGGUGGUGCGAGUAAGCUCAAUGCCAUAAGAUAUAAGAUUAUAUGGGUACGUUUUUGGGGUCGGAGGGAUGGCCUCGCCAUUGUAUCGAAUAAAUAAAUGUAUUAUAAAAAAUAUAAACAGGAAAUUGGCCUUUAUAAAUAGACGGCAAUCAAAGGAAGGAAAUGAUCCGAUCUCCGUAUGGAAAUCAAUGCUAAAUACGUGAGAAUUGUAUUGUGCG